AUGGCUUCUCCACCUCCUGGAAAGGACUUCGGCACGGAGGAUAAACUCCACGAGUCUGAAGUUUCCUCCUCUUCUCAGGCCGAUGCGGCCAUUGACCCCGCGACGGAAAAGCCGCGCAGAACUGAGCUGGGACUCGCAAAUGAUCCUGCUACCACCCUCCAUCAAUUGGAGCAUACGUCAGACAAGGUCGAGCUGACCGAAGAUGAGUGCUAUGAGCAGCUCGGCUAUUCCUUUCCCAGCUGGCGCAAGUGGAUGAUCAUCUCCGUCAUCUUUCUUGUGCAGACCUCCAUGAACUUCAACACCAGCCUGUAUUCCAACGCUCUGACUGGCAUCUCCGAAGAGUUUGGUGUCAGUAUGCAGGCCGCUCGCUGCGGUGCCAUGAUCUUCCUUGUCCUCUACGCGUUCGGUUGCGAACUCUGGGCCCCAUGGAGUGAAGAGCUUGGUCGCAAGCCCAUCCUGCAAGCCAGUCUGUUUCUGGUGAAUAUCUGGCAGCUUCCCGUUGCCCUUGCCCCGAAUUUUGCCUCGAUCAUGGUGGGUCGUGCUCUGGGUGGUCUUAGUUCUGCAGGUGGUUCUGUCACUCUCGGAAUGAUUGCAGACCUUUGGGAAGCCGAUGAUCAGCAGUAUGCGGUGGCCUGUGUCGUGUUUUCCUCUGUCGGUGGAUCGGUCAUUGGUCCCGUGGUCGGUGGAUUUGUCGAAGCGUAUCUGCCCUGGCGCUGGAAUAUCUGGAUCCAGCUCAUCUUUGGCGGUUUUGUUCAAAUCGCUCAUCUCCUCCUUGUCCCGGAGACGCGCACUACCAUCCUGAUGGACCGCAUCGCUAAGAAGAAGCGCGAGAGUGGCGAAAACCCCAACCUCUAUGGGCCUAACGAACUCGUCCCCUUCAAGGAACGCUUCUCCAUGAGAGAGAUCUUGCUCACCUGGGUCCGUCCGUUCAAGAUGUUUCUCACCGAGCCGAUUGUGCUCUGUCUGUCGCUUCUCAGCGGUUUCAGUGACGCUCUUAUUUUCAUGUUUAUCCAGUCUUUCGGCCUCGUGUAUAAACAGUGGAACUUCAGCACCGUGGCUUUGGGUCUCUCGUUCCUCCCCAUUCUUGUUGGCUACUUCAUUGCCUGGGCCUCCUUCAUUCCGGCCAUCAAACGAAACAUCGCUGAGCGCAAACGGAAGCCAGAGGACGAGCAUACACAGUACGAAUCCCGGCUCUGGUGGUUACUCUAUACUGUCCCAUGUCUCCCUAUUGGCCUGAUCGGAUUUGCGUGGACGAGCCUGCCCCAGUGCCACUGGAUUGGAACCAUGGUCUUUUCGGCUAUUGUUGGAAUUGCCAACUACAGUAUCUACAUGGCGACCAUUGACUACAUGAUCUGUGCAUACGGUCCGUAUUCUGCCUCCGCGACUGGUGGCAAUGGAUGGGCCAGAGACUUUUUGGCCGCUCUGGAUCGCAUCUCACCAUCGCUAGAUAUCGGCGGCAAAUACCACCUCGAAUACGCCUCCACCAUCCUCUUUUGCAUCUCCUUCGUCCUGGUAAUUGCUGUUUACGUGAUCUACUGGUAUGGGCCAACUCUCCGCAAGAGAUCGCCAUUCGCCCAGCAGCUCUCCGAUGCCCGCGCCGAAGUCUUGCACAACUCUGGACGACGCCUUUCCCACAUCCCGACCUCACGGGCAAACUCUUUUGCUCGAUCCCAGCAGAAUCUGCGCGUUCGGCAGGCUCUGGGGAGCCGAGCCGGCAGCUAUGUGGCCUCCCGGCCCGCCUCCCAAGCGAAUUCUCGUGUGGCCUCUCGCCGGAAUAGUGUGAUCCAGUGA